AUGCCUCAAAGACGAUCCCACACUAAAUCCCGCGGUGGAUGCAAUCGAUGUAAGAAACGCAGGAUAAAAUGUGACGAAAGCGGCCCUCCAUGUACUAUUUGCAAAGCUAGAGAUGCAAAGUGUGAAUAUCCUGGUAACCCUUUUCGACCGUCCAACUGGUCUGAGGAAUACAAAAGAAAAGACUUGUUACCGGGGGAAAGAGAUGUGAUUUCCACGGUGCCAGAGACCUUGAAUCCACAAUCAUAUUCGGAAUCUCUUCAAUCCCGAGGCGCACGCGAGAACUAA